AUGGCUGCGCCCUUCAACAUGAAGGAGGAACUUGAGCCUGCCUUGCCCGUCGUCGACCAAGAUGAUAACGUUCCAGCCAAUCCCGCUGCCAGCGAUCACAAUGGCGCGGACGCACCCGCCACGAAGCGCAAAAUUCGUAGCAGGUUGCUCAAUGGCAAGUACCGCGCAGGUCACAUCGCCUACAAAAAGGACUCAGAGCGACAGCGCAAGCGCAAGCGCAUGCUGAGAGGAACCAAUGCCGCCCUUCCCGACAAACACUUCGGGCCCAAGCGCGAUCCUAAGGCCUUCAAGGGCAUGGCCAACCUUUUGCAAAUCCUCCAGACCGGCUUCGAGAGUGGUUUCUGCUUCCCCAUCGGCGACAUCGGCGACUGGAUCGAGUAUCAAGAGGCCAAGGACCUGUGCAGCGUACUCCACCUUCAUAACCAUCCUCGCGACGCUGGCCGCAUCAUGGGCUUCAUGCUUUCUCUCGUCAAGGCCGUCAAGGCGUGCCGCGGCAAGUACAAGCGUGGCUCCGGCGACAACUCCGAGUUCUUCGAGGCCAUUGCCCGGGAUGUGCGUAUCAAGGGCCUUGUCGGCGGCCCCAAGAACUUGUCCACAAAGACUAUUUCUACAAACACCUGCAAGGUGAUGCUGGAGUGCUUUGUCAAAGCUCGCAAGGCCUAUUUUCUGGCUUUCCCAGAGGACUCACAGGAGGGAACCUACACCGCGAAGACGAGGGACCUUCUCCGCAUCCUUGAUGCUUGGCUGGAGUUUUCGAAGGAGGACGAUGACAUGGAGAAUGGCUUGGUUGAGAUUAUGAACGAUGUCGGUAUCUAG